AUGGUCAGCGAACAGGUUGCAGGGCGAAAGAGCCUCGCCAGCACGGUCGAAGAAGUCACAAUCACCUACAACAUGAUCGUCGCCCUGGCGCUCGAUCGCGGCCACACAGACGGAUGGCCCCGGAUGUCACAGCUGAGAGCCUACCGGCAAGAGUUCCUCGACUGGGUCGAAGCUUCGGGUGCUGCCCUGGAGUCCUCACUCCCCGGUUCGCUGUCGUAUCAGUAUUACGAUCGCCCUGAUAUAUACAGCAAGUUCACGGAAGGUGCUACGGAUCUAUGCGAGAUGCUCAAGCGCAUUGUAGAACUCUACAGAGCAGGCGUUGGGAACCCGGAUAGACUCAAGGAAACGCUGGCCUUGAUGGAUCAGUGUUCCAAGACUGUGACGACUCUCCGCGAGCUGACGGAGCGCGGCAAAUCACCACCCUGGGAGGCAUGA